AUGGAGUCCCACCGUCGUUUGAGUUUUCCGGCGGAUCCUUUCAACUUCAUCAGCAUCAUCGUCUCCAACGAUAUUAAAUCUGCAAGAAUCAAAAUACCUGAGAAAUUCACAGAGAGGCAUGGGGGGAAUCUGCCAGAAACGGUGACAUUGAAGGUACCAAAUGGUGAUAUUUGGCAAGUUGAUCUCAUAAAUUCAAAUGGUGCAAUUCGGUUCAGUAAUGGAUGGAUGGAAUUUGCAGAGCACUACAAUUUAAGAUUUGGGCAUCUUUUGAUGUUCAAGUAUGAAGGGUUAUCGAACUUUAGGGUGUUGAUUUUCGAUCCAAGUGCUUGCGAGAUGGUUUAUCCCAAGAACAGGAAUCAUCAAUUGGCUUAUAAUUCUACAGAAAUCAAGGCCAGAAGUAGUUUGGAUUCUUGUAUAAAAGUCAACUUGGAUGACUCGAAGGAGACGGUAAAAUUAGAACAAGAGGCUUGUUCUUCAUGGGGCCAAGAUCAUGAAACUAAAAUCAAGAUUGAUGGUGAACGUGAAGGUGAAUAUUUAAGUACGAGGGUAAAAGAAAAGGGAAGAAAGAGAGCAAUUGAAGCAGCAAAAGCUAGAUUUGCAUCUAACAAGCCUUUCUUCAUGGUUUACAUGACUCCAUUUCACAUUGUUGGAAGAGUUAAUGUGCGUAUACCGUUAUGGUUCAUGAAGGAAAACGGGAGUGGUUUAAAGAAGGUUGAACGAUGUGUGCUUAGGGUUGGAAUGGAUAAGAGAUAUAAGAAAUGGGAAAUUGAUCUAAGUGAUCGUGCUUUAAGGAUGGGUGGUUGGAAGAUGUUCAUGAAGGAUAACGGUGUCUCUGUUGAUGAUGUUUGUGUUUUCGAGUUGAUCGAUCCCCAUCAGAACUUGCUUAAAGUUACCAUUUUUAGAAGUUCGAUUUAG